AUGGCCCUGCCCCCACGCCUGGGCCCUACACCCCCCUCAGAGCCCUUCAGCCACCCGCCUGGAGCCCCUAGGGAACUGAACGCAUCUGGAUGCACCAUCUGCUCUGCCUCUGGAGAGGAGAGAAUCAGGUCAGAACAGGCCCAGAAGCUGGGGCAGGACUCCUUGGACCCUCCUGAGCCCUUCCAGGGUGGGCCGAGGGGCACUGAGCCUGCUGCUGGCCUCCCCAGAUUGCCAACGCCCCCUUCUCAUGAGGACUCAGCUGGGGCCAAACACCGUGAGUGCCCCAUCUCUGGCCGGGAAGUAUUGGAGGCUGAGCAGGACAGCCUGCAUCUUUGCCUUCUGGGCCUGGGCCUCCGGCUGCAGGACCUGGAGCAAGGCCUGGGGCCCUGGGCAUCAGCCCAGAGCAGGAUGGUCCAGCUGCAGGCCCUACAGGCAGACCUGCGUGGGGCAGCUGAGCGUUUAGAUGCACUGCUGGUGUUCGGUGAGGGGCUGGCACAGCGGAGUGAGCCUCAGGCCCGGGCAUCCCUGGAGCAGGUCCUGAGGGCCUUCAGAGCCCACCGAGACAGCAUCUUCCGGCAGCUGUGGCGGCUGCAGGCCCAGCUGGUCAGCUACAACCUGGUGUUUGAGGAGGCCAGCACACUGGAGGACUUGGAGGUCGAGGGGGACUCAGACGGGCCAGGACCUGGUGGGAUCUGGGGGCCCUGGGCACCCAGUAGCCUCCCCACUCCCGCAGAGUUGGAGUGGGACCCGGCGGGGGACGUUGGGGGCCUCGGGCCUUUGGGGCAAAGGACAGCCUGGACACCAGGGACUCCCUGUGAGCUGUGUGGCCGCAGGGGCCCCCAGGGCAGGGGACAAAGCCUUGAGGUGAGAGCAGGACCCCACUCCUCUCUCCCCCCACAGGACAUGCUCAUGUCAGGCCUCAGCCACCGGAAACACUUAACAGGUCACCGAAGACGGUCCCUGCUCCGGAAGUCUCAGGACAAGAUGAGGCAAGCAUCUCCCAAGGUCCAGGAUGUGAUGCUGGAGGUAGACCCUGGAUCCCCCACUCCUGCAUCCAGGCGGCCCCUGACCUUCCUCCUCCUCCUCCUUUUCCUUCUGCUGGUGGGUGCCACAUUGCUCCUGCCCAUGUCAGGGGGCUCCUGCUGCUCUCCUGCCCGACUGGCCAGGACACCUUACCUGGUGCUCAGCUAUGUCAAUGGUCCUCCCCCAAUCUGA